AUGCCGGAACCUACCGAUGCGGAGGUGAAGGCGAAAAUUGAGGAGUUGGUGAGGAAAGACGAGGAGAAGAAAGAGCUAAAGAACUUGAAGGUGCCCGAGGACUUGUCAGGCAAGGCUUUCAAGAAAGAGUACUGGAAAGUGGAAAAAUACGUGUCACCAAUAAUUUUGACGGUGUUGUCGUUUUUCACGAGGAUGUACAAGAUUGGUGCGAACAACCACGUGGUGUGGGAUGAGGCACACUUUGGAAAGUUCGGCUCGUACUAUCUCCGGCACUCGUUUUACCACGAUGUGCAUCCACCGCUUGGAAAGAUGCUUGUUGGAUUAUCCGGCUAUCUUGCCGGCUACAACGGGUCCUGGGACUUCCCAUCCGGCGAGGAGUACCCGGACUACAUUGAUUACGUCAAGAUGAGGCUGUUCAACGCAACUUUCGGUGCCCUUGUGGUGCCCGUGGCGUACUUUACCGCAAAAGAGAUCGGAUUUGACCGCAAAACGUGUUUCUUGUUCGGACUCAUGGCCUGCCUCGAGACGACAUACACAACGCUUGCCCGGUUCAUCCUCUUGGACUCGAUGCUUCUCUUCUUCACGGUGGCGACGUUUUUCUGCCUGUGCCGGUUCCACAACCGCAACAGAUUGGAGCAGAUGGCUUUCAGCCGCAAAUGGUGGAAGUGGCUUCUUCUGACGGGAAUCAGCAUCGGAUGCGUGUGCUCGGUGAAGUUCGUCGGUCUUUUCGUGACCGCCGUCGUCGGCGUUUACACAAUUGCCGACCUCUGGAUCCGGUUUGGCCGCCUUGGUGCCGGAAAGAUCGGUUUCAGGAGGUACGCGUCUCACUGGAUGUCGAGGAUCGUUGCCUUGAUCAUCAUCCCAUUCCUUGUGUUUUUGCUCUGCUUCAAGGUGCACUUUGACCUUCUCUCGGGCACCGGACCGGGCGACGGAACCAUGUCCUCGCUCUUCCAGGCCAAUCUUCGCGGUUCCGAGUUGAAAUCCGGCCCCCGUGAUAUCAUGACCAUCAAUUCAACAGUUACACUUCGCAACCAGGGUUUGGGCGGCGGCCUCUUGCACUCGCACCCUAACCUGUACCCGGAGGGAUCCGGCCAGCAGCAGGUGACCACGUACACUUUCAAGGACGACAAUAACAACUGGCGGUUCGAACUCACCCGGGAUGACAAGCGGAACGACUUCCGCGAGCCUUACUACAUUGUGGAUGGCAUGCACGUGCGGCUUUUGCACCAGAUGACCGGCAGAAACCUCCAUUCGCACGAGAUCAACGCCCCCGUGUCCUCGAAUCUCGGCUAUGAGGUCUCCGGAUACGGAGAUAUGACUGUUGGCGAUGCCAAGGACAACUGGGUCGUCGAGAUCAUGCACCAGUACGGAGAUGAGGACAACCUCCGACUACAUCCCUUAACCAGUUCCUUCCGGCUCCGUCACGAGGUCAUGGGUUGCUAUUUGGCCGCCCCAGGCGUGUCUCUUCCAAAAUGGGGCUUUAGCCAAGGUGAGGUGCUUUGCUUGAGGGAUCCGUUCCGCCGCGAUAAAAGAACAUGGUGGAAUAUCGAGAGCCACACGAAUCCAACCUUGCCGAACCCACCCGAGGACUUCCAUCUUCCAAAGACGAACUUCUUGCGCGACUUCAUCCAGUUGAACAUUGCCAUGAUGGCCACGAACAACGCCUUGCUUCCAGAUAAGGAGAAGGACGACCAGCUUGCCUCCUCUUUCUGGCAGUGGCCCACGCUCAAUGUGGGCAUCCGCAUGUGCUCCUGGGACCCCAAAUACGUCCGUUACUUCAUGAUUGGCUCUCCGGCCACCACCUGGACCUCUUCAGUCGGGGUUUUGUUCUUUAUCGGCCUUGUCAUCGUCUACUUGCUUCGCUGGCAGAGACAGUGUGGUGAUUUUGCACCGGAUGAUGAGAACAUUGUUGAGGAUAUAGCCCGUAAGGCACAGGUUGUUCCAAGAGAUGGUGAGGAAGAGAAGGAGGAAGAGAAGGAGGAAGAGAAAGAGAAAGAUGAAAAGAAAGAUGAAAAGAAAGCAAUCUCCCCAUCCAUCAACUCAAACCUCCUCUUCGAACACUCGGAGAACGACGAGUGGAACCUCUUCAUCAUGGGAGGCAUCUUCCCAUUCCUGGGCUGGUUCUUCCACUACCUGCCUUUCGUCAUCAUGGGAAGAGUCACCUAUGUCCACCACUACAUGCCUGCCCUAUACUUUGCCAUGCUUGUUUUCUGCUACGUUGUUCAUUGGAUCAACACCAAGGUCAACCGCUGCUGGUUUGCCAUUGCUUGGUACUCACUUCUCUACGCAACCGUCAUCGGAGUCUUCAUCUGGAUCCACCCGAUUUCCUUCGGUAUGUCCGGCGAUCCUUCCGAUUACCGCUACUUGAAGGUGUUGAAGACCUGGAGUGUGGACUGA